AUGCGGAAUGCGGCGCCGUGCAUUUUAGUCAAGGAGGUAUGUAAUUUCGCCGACAGCGACAAGAUCAAGAGGUGGCAGCGGUACGCGGCGGCCACCUCGGCAGCUGUGACCAAGGCGAUCCUGGAGGGGUGGGUUGGGGGAGGCAGUAGCUCUGGUGGUAGCCAUGCGGACAAUGACGAUGGCCGUGUGGGGCCUAACCACGAAACAGGACACAACCAAAACACCCGUUGGCGAAAGUACCUCUGUCUCGUUGACAAGUACCGGCUGGGAGCCUGGUGCCCUGCAUCGAGAAGAAAGACGACGAAAAAGGACGGCUACGAAACCUUCCCCGCGCGCGGAGAUGACUACUCGCUGGGCGAGCAGUACCAAGCCAGCCUCAUCCGACAGGAGCGCGGCGACAACUUUUUGCUACGACCAUAGGCGCACCCUGGUGGCCGGCGCGACGCUGAGGUACGGAAGUCAGAGGAGCACUGUCGUGGGACUCAGUCGCGCCUGCCCCUACUCCAGCGAGGAGCAGCUCUGGCAGUGUCCCUGCGACUUGCAAGAAACCCUGACCGGCGUUCUAAAGCUCGAGACGGAUUAUAAGAGUUUGUCUCGCCGCUUCAGCGGCGGUGAGUGCUUGUCCACUGCCAAAUUGGACAAUUUGCAGUGUCCUAGCUGGGUCAGGCCCAAUACCCAAGUCCCACGCGUUCCUGUGAACCACUUUGAGAAAGAUUUGCGAGAAUGCGACUCUUGCGAAGCGGGAUCCCCGCAGGGUUCCAGUACAGGAUCCAUCCUGGCCCGGCGCCCC